AGAUAACACGGGACAGACAAUCGGCACGAUAGUUGCACCCCUAGAGUCCAAUUCUGCCCAAAAUGCUAUCAGCAGCUUCUUCGACAGCGUUCCGGUGCUCGUCAAAGCACUGGAUGAAGUGGCCAAGAUUCAUCCUUUCAUCUCAGGUACAUGUCAAGUUACCGUACUCGGGUCAUGUCGAUGAUUGACAGACUGGUCCUCUUAGUCGCCGUGCUCCCGUUCAAAGCCGUCUACACCCUAGAGAUGAAUCGGAGUGAGAAUGACUCAAAGGUCAUCGCACUCUACGCCGAGAUGAAGGAUAUGAUGGCCGUUCUGCUUCAACUCAAUGACGUCAAAGACCCAAGUGCAACCGACAUAGACGGUGUCACCCUCGAAGGCAGAAUGCAGGGUCUUAUCAAACAGACAGCCGAGGACAUCAAGAAGUGCGCGAACGUGUGUGACGUCUGGUCAAGGAUGCGACUUCUGGCCAGGGUGCUCAAAGCACCGUUCUGGGAGAGUACUUUCGUCGACUGGGUGAAUCUAUUUGCGCAGCGUCGCACGGACUUCAGUUUCGCCAUGUCCGUGCACAUGGUUCGUGGGGUCGACAACGUUUCCGACAAAGUGGACAGCCUCACGCGUAUGAUGGAAGAGAGGACCGAGCGAAUUAUACACUUCCUACAGGCGUACGUCCCGCAAGAUCAGAAGAAUCUGUAUGAUCAAGUCUCACGGCGCGGGGGAGCCGCAGCGGUUCUACAUGACCAACGCGCACUCCAGGAGCUCGUCGCCCUGUCCACCGUGACGGAAACCACAGACAGUACUGGUGGACUAUCCGACAGGUGUAAUCCCGCAGAUGUUCAUGAAUUGCAAUCGGACCUAUGGGACCCAGCGGAAGGCGCAGCGCAGAAUCUGCCCACUUUUGAGCGCAAGCUCGAAAUGCUCCAAAGACAUAUUGUUGAAGAUACGGAGAAAGUUGUAAUCCGAGAGAGCGACCGCAUCAUUGAGUCGGUAACAGCAGGGCCUCAUGACAGGAUACUGGACAAGGAUAUACACGCCAUCUGGAAGGACAUGGGAUGGCGCGGCAGUGUCAAGUCAAGGCACUUCGUUCUAGCAUUACACGACUUCUACCAUGACCGUGCCGCGGAACGGACCAGGAACAAGGCGGCGUUCGAAGCGGCGCAUACUCCUGAUCCCGACGCCUGGACACUAGGAUUGAUUGACGUGAAGAGGCUGCAGUCUAUCAGCGAAGCCUUUGACGAUGAUGCGUCAGGAUUUGUGACUGUCUUCGAAGCAAAUCGCUUCACUAGCUCUCGGCCGGCGAAUUGGAGUCUGCCUCAUUGGAUUGCGUAUUGGGCAGCCGGAUGGCAACGGAGCGCCACGAUAUACAAGGAGAAAAUCCAUCAGAUAUUAGACAGCAUGUUUGCACUCAAACCUUGGAUCCACCAUCAGAACCGUCAGAUGGCCGAACGAUACCUGGGAGAGAUAUGGCAGCAGGUGAUGUUCGUCAUUAUGCCCCUUCAGCCAAUAGAGCUACACGACAAGGUCCAACACCGCUUCGAGGCGUAUGCCGCGAGCGAGGAACAGAGGAUCGAGAGGAAUCUAGAGACCAUCCGCUACCGCGUUGACGACUUAGCCACAUUAUCGAUUAUCACAGGACCAGGGAGAAUUGAGAAGUACCUGUUCCCGCUGCUCUAUUUGAUGCUGCGACGCGACCUGCAAAUCCUCAGAACAUGCCGGCAUGACAUUGUCGAUAAGCGCGACCUGUUGGACUGCAUCGACAAUCUUCAGACCGUUGUGAGCGCCUGCAAGAAGAGGAGACAAAGCUUGAAAGAGACCUUCUUGCAUCAAAAUCUGCGACCUGACGAGCAAUUCCGGAGCAGAUAUUGUGGAAUAUUCGAAUUCACAGAGAACUGGAACGAAGCCAGAAAACGACUGUAUAGCUUUCAAUGGGCUCCCGUCCAAUACGAUCAGUCGUCCACUGUGGGAGACGAAGGACUGUCCAGUUCCGCCGCUUUGAACUAUUCACUCAAGGAACCAUAUUUCCCCGAAAUCGAGCAAUACAAUGCAAAGCAUUUUGUCGAGACAGAAGCAGAUCUCAGGGCCGAAUCGCCUGUCAAGGAAAUCUUGGGCACUUGGUAUGGCUUCAUGUCCAGAGAGAAGACACGCGCGUGGCCCUUGGGACCAAUGUUCACCCUUGACAUACAUGCUGCGGAUCAUGGGCUCAACAAGUUCGAGGCGGCUGGUUCUAUGCCCGACAGCUGGAGGGGCAUCACUUUCGCUGUCCUGGGUGAUGUGGAGACCACAUCUCACGGCGCAACAUACUACACGCUGCUGCUGAAGUUCAAUGUGCGGGCAAUCGUCCUGGAAUUCCGUGGCCAACUGAGCGAAAACCGCAUGCGAAUUUCGGGUGUCUGGGGUGGCGAGGAGAUGGACAGCAGCCAACCAGAGGUUGGCCCUUUUGUCUUGACCCGCAUGCCUCCCGAGGUGCUCUCUUUCCGUCCGGCACCCUGGGAACUCGAGAUAAACAAGCCCCGCGCAUUAUGGCGUUUCGCGCUGUCAGCAGUGGAGCACCAGGUCCUCAGGUCGAGUUACUCGUGGAAGUUCUUCAAGAGACGACGGGACACGCGGAAUCGAUACAUCGAAUUUUGCGUGCGCGAAAAUUACGGCCGUCCUCUCAGCCCUGAUGAGAGCCAGGGAAUGCGAGAGUUGUAUCGCUCUCUGAGUCCCAGAGAUGCUCGGUAUUAUGCAUCCGUUGCUGAGUAUCAAGUUCUCCUCACGGCAUGCGUACACGAAGGGUUUGAGUGUGAUAGCUGCAAAGGACGUAUCAUGGGCUCGCGCAUGGUGUGCUUGUCCUGCGGGCCAGAGUCCAUGGAUACGAUUGACUUGUGCAGCGAUCCUCGUUGCCUCACCUCCCCCGUCGGCCCGAAGCAGCGCUCGGACUUGACUUCGCCUCACCUCCCGACGCACGAUAUUUUCCAGCUCAGGAAGACCAUGCACGUGCGGGAACGCCAACAGAACGAGGUGCAAGCUCGGAGGGCUUUACGGAGGGCCCACGCGAUGUUUGAAGCAUUAUUGCAGGAUGCAGGCUCUGCGAACGGCUUGGAGACGUCGAAUACGAUGCACAGAGCACUCAGAUGUCUAGGCUGUGACAGUAGCAUCAGAUGGCCGUGUUGGUACUGCGCAGAGUGUGAUGAUAAUGUGUUCAUAUGCAUGACAUGCGACACGAAGGGGGGCAUAACGAAGGACCGGCACUUGGAUACACACACGCUAGUAAGAUGUCAAGCUCGAAUGACAGAAGAGGCGCGUAUAUCAAUGGAGCAACGCAUCGAAGCAUUGGAGACGAGGUUGGGGUCGAUGCACGAUAGCUUUAAUGACAGGCUGGAGGGAGUUGAAGCACAGCUAUCUCGUAUCCAGGAGCUACUGGAGAAUGUCCUUCUACGACCUUAUUCAUGAGACUACAUAUAGUGCUUAUGUUGUCACCUGUCGAUGAAUGUGAAUGGGUGCAUGAAUGUCC